CCGAAGAAGGAAGCAGGCAGGAGUGACUUCUCUUGCAGCCUGAGCACUCUUUGAGUCGCGGACUGAGCAGCUGUCAGUGGACGAAGCAGAGCGUCACGACGAGCAGGAGGCUUUGUGGAAGAAGGACGUUCUCAAAAUGCAGCUCCAUAACGAUUUCCCCAGUGUGUCACAGGCUCGAGUGGCCGAUACGUGCCACGACUCGGACGUUAGGAUCUAGCGUGCAGCCAGCGAGCCGACGGAUAGCGACUUUCCCCCCCUCGGUUGUUUUAUGUGCUGUCUGCUCGGCGCUGUCCAUCCGACAGAACUAGUUCAGACAUGAGUAACGUUAAUGUGAUGUUUUGGGACCAGUUGCAGGCUGGUAGCUCCGAGGUGGACUGGUGUGAAGGCAAUUACCUUAUUUACCCCAGCAUCGCUGAGUUUUACAACACGAUCAGCAACAUUUUGUUUUUUGUUUUGCCGCCGAUACUAAUGUGCCUGUUCCGCCAAUAUGCAAAACAUUUCAACAGUGGGAUUUACCUCAUAUGGAUACUGCUAGUUGUGGUCGGUAUUGGAUCGACUUAUUUUCAUGCCACCCUCAGCUUUCUUGGCCAAAUGCUGGACGAGCUAGCCAUAUUAUGGGUGCUCAUGUGUGCCAUAGCCAUGUGGUUUCCAAAGAGGUAUUUACCCAGGAUAUUCAGGAGGGAUCGGUCGAGAUUCAAAGUGGUCAUCGGCAUCUUAUCAGGGAUCACCACGGGGCUGGCCUUUGUGAAACCUGUUGUCAACUCGCUGUCACUGAUGACUCUGGGAAUCCCAUGUACCGUGCUGCUCAUUACUGAGCUGAAAAGGUGUGAAAACCCACGUGUGUUCAAGCUGGGCCUGAUCUCAGGGAUCUGGUGGGCGCUGGCUCUGCUUUGCUGGAUCAGUGACAGGAUAUUCUGCGAAGUGUGGUCAUCUGUCAACUUUCCCUACCUACACUGUGCUUGGCACAUCCUCAUCUGUCUGGCUUCCUAUUUGGGUUGCGUUUGCUUCGCCUACUUUGAUGUUGCUACCGAGGCACCGGAGCGAGGUCCCGUCAUCAUGUUCUGGCCCAGUGAGAAAUGGGCCUUCAUUGGUGUGCCAUAUGUCUCCCUACUCUGCGUCCAUAAGUCUACUAUAAAGGUGACUUAAAGCAACGCUGAUGCGUUCACACCGAGACACAGCAUCUGUGACUCACCUUGCAUCAACUGGUGCUCUUGUGACUUGAGGAUAUACGUGAUGCACGUCUUGAAAGGAUUUUGUAUUUGGCUCAUGUUUAUGCAACUCGGUCAAAGAACAACAGGUUGUUUUAGACGAUACACAACUACUCUUAAAUAUCAAAGCCAAGAAACCUUUACAGUGUUACAAACGUAUCUCAGGCUUUGCAUAAGACGUAUUUAAAAUCUCUUAAGAGUUUAAGUGUUAGUAUUUUACAUUUCAUACUUCUUUAAAGAGAAGAUUUUCUACAUUUUCUGGGAACUGAGAAAACCUCACUGUAAAGAGUUAUGUUGCCUUUACAAGAGUAAAAAACAUAGCACCUCAUGAGUGCAGUCAUGAAACCAUGUUUAGAAACAAUAAAGCACUGAAUUUAUUAACUGUGAUUAAUGCGUCACGCAUUAAAGUGUCACGUUGCUAAUACACUCAGCAAAUCAACAGCAAGCUUUAUUGGUUCAUAAAAUGUUACUAAAGCGUUACACAAAGGUCAUUUAUGCAAAGCCUUUGUGCUGUACGUCUGCCCGCCCGUGCUUUCAGGCUUUUUGCUGAAAAACAUCAGAAACACAUGGGACAUUUCUGCUACAGAUCUGUUCAGUUUUACUUUAAGGAUGCUACUGUAAUUUUUCUUUUUUUUUUAGAAUAGUAAAUGAGGAAAGUGUUUAAUAUAUACCUGUAUAUAUUUCCUAAUUAAAUAGGCAAUAAUACUCUCAAGAAAAUAAUACCAUUCAUAUAUUAGUGAAUGACCAGGUACCUUUUUAAUAUUGGCACCCAAUGUAGAAACCCAAAAAUCUGAAUGUGACGUGAACGUAGCAUUUUAAGAUAUAAUAUCUACAUUUAUUUAAUCAAACAAUUAGCUUGCUUGUGUUUAGCCUCUAAUCCCGAAUGUUUUUGCUUUCAACCCAGACUUCUCAACUGACCUUCAGGGCUAUUAUUAUUUCAAACUUUGUUUGGCCUUAAACACUAAAUAAUGGAUUCCAAAGAAGAAUGAAGGUGAUUGUGCUUUGCAAUUUUAGAAAAUGUUUGGAAAGAAGAUGCCAAACCAUCCGGUAUCUGCUAGCAGUUGUAGUCUUUGGAGGUAUGAUUUGUUAAUUUCUCCGUCCAAAAGCUAAAACUUUAAUUUUCUUUUUAUUUGGCAAAAAAGGAAAAAAAAUGCAUACAGGAUACAAAAGGGAUGUAUUUUGAAUGCUGCAGACCAAAUCCCUGAAACACAAAGCUCUCCAAAGCAUUUUUUUCUUUUUUACUUUGUUGGACAUGCUCCUGAAAUCUGCCUCUAGCCGUUUAACUAAUAUCAUUUUACCCCUGUCCUCCCACAGAGGACUCUGGGAACUCAAACAACCAAAAUAACUUGUGCAAUCAUGAAAGGUCAAAUGAAUCAUGUUUUACAAAGAAAACAAGUAUUUUGGUGAUAUUCUGAAGCAAUAGUUUUGUAACAACAUGAUGUAUUUUCUUAUUAUAAACCGUUUAUAUUUUUCUACGUGAAGUGCAGCCAAAGGUGAAGGUGAAUAAUUUUGAUAUAGCAUUAUUACUAACUUUGUUGAUAAACAUUUUUAAUGUAUCUUCAUGAGAAGCCUUUUGGGUGGAAUGGAAAAUGUUAACAAUGCAAUGAGUACAUAAAACUGUGCUGCAAAUUAUACAGGGAAACGAUGACGGUGGGUUUGUUGAGUGAUGAUACUUGGGAAGUAAGUCAGUGAAUUAGUAUCAGAUCAAGGACUUUGAAAGCAGCAGCCUCUUUCUGUCUGCAUCAUGAAGGUUGUCUUGGCUAUGACUUAAUGUGUUUUUAUUAACCUACAUGUAUGUAGAUCUCAGCAUUUCUCUGCCUGCUUUGACAGUGCAAAUAAACUGCACAGAAAUAUUUAUUUUCAUUAUUGAUCCUUUUUUUGUAAAUGAAUAUGUGUAAUAGAUUAGAUAAUUAAUAUAUUAUUUUAUGCAAUAAAACUCAAUAAAUC